AUCCUAUUCGAGGCUAUCCCUAAAUGGUGACUGGAAUGGCGCCCUAAGAGUGGAAGGGUGUGCUAUCCACAUUCUCAAUUGAAGGUUCCAGUUUGGUGUAUUUCACAUAUAAUAUCAAGCUUGAGGUUUGCGAAAGGAAGGAAAUCAUUAUGCUCCUAUUUUGCCAUUUUGCGAAACAUCUGCCUAAGCGCAAAGGAAUCUUAACAACUGCAAGGAGGUUGGAAGAAAUUAUGUAUUUGGAUCUCAGAAGAAAAAGUACUACACUCUAUAGCAGUUUAAAGUCGAACUCUCAGAAAGAAGACCUAAACACUCUUUAUCUACCCGUUAAACGAUACGAGAAAUUAUGCCCACAGCGCUCUGCCUUCGUGGAAAAACGAACAUUUUUCCAAACGACACUUUCACAAGAAAUAAUUAAACGAUCACCAAGACUUGGGCCAUAUUUGAACCUUAUUAGAUUUGAUAGACCAAUUGGAACUUGGUUACUCUUUUUACCAUGUACUUGGAGUAUUUCAAUGGCUGCUGAGCCCGGUCAUCUUCCAGAUUUAAAAAUGCUUGCUUUGUUUGGGACUGGGUCUGUGCUACUUAGAGCUGCUGGAUGUAUAAUCAAUGAUAUGUGGGACACUGACUUUGAUCGAAGAGUUGCUCGCACAAAGACAAGGCCUCUGGCUGCCCGAGAGCUCACACAUAAACAAGCUCUGGGUUUUCUUGCCAGUGUUUUAACUUGUGGGUUGAUGAUUUUGCUCUCGCUCAACUGGUAUAGCAUCAUUCUUGGUACACUGUCAAUGUUUUUUGUUGUUACCUAUCCAUUAAUGAAAAGAAUAACAUAUUGGCCACAGUUUUUUCUUGGUUUGACUUUCAACUGGGGUGCUUUGCUUGGCUGGUCUGCUGUGAAAGGUAGCUGCGAUUGGAGUGUUGUUCUUCCAUUGUACAUUGCCUGCAUUUCAUGGACUUUGUUUUAUGACACAGUCUAUGCUCAUCAAGACAAGGAAGAUGACAUUUCAAUUGGAGUAAAGUCUACAGCCCUGCUGUUUCAAGAAAAAACUGUUUAUUGGCUUGGUGCUUUUUCCUUGUCAAUGCUGUCUUGCUUGACACUUUCUGGAUACAUGGCUGAUCAAACCUGGCCCUAUUAUUUAUCUUUGGCUGGUGUUUCAGGACAUUUAGCUUGGCAGGCACUGACUGUUGAUUUUGAUAGCCCCAAUGAUUGUGCUGCAAAGUUUCGAUCAAAUAAAUGGCUUGGUUUGAUGUUGCUUUCAGGAAUCAUUGCUGGUAGUUUGAUUAAAGAAGAAACUGCCAAUGAAAAAGAAGCAAAUGCUGAUCCCUAAUUAAUCAAUUUUCUACUGCUAAUUAAUUAUAUUUCUACUUGCAAUUAUGCUUCAAAUUGAUGAUUUAUGGAACCUAAUGAAUUGAAUUCUCUGUUGUCAUCCUAAAUUUAACAAUCUUGUGUUAGCUACUCCUUUCUUUUUCCUUAUUGUUAUGCCGUUUCAGAUUAUAUAUCUCAAAUUUCCAUAUUAUUUUUUUGUUUAUAUUUUUUUUUCAGUUUUCUUAGAAGUAAGUGUAUUUUUAGAAGUAAAUUUUCUUAUUACACAUGUGGAAGCUAAUUGACCCAACAGCGCUUACUUGAUAAAACAAACGUUAACAUCACGUAAACAAUGAAGCAUAUGACACUGUUAUCUAUUGCUUUUGGUUUAUUUUGAAUUUUGUAUUCUUCGACGUAUUUUGCAACCUUGAUAUCAUUUCUCUUUUAUUUUUUUAAUCGUAUCUAUUUUAUCUUUUAUAUUUAAUAUGUAAGGAAUUUAUCACCUGGUCAGAAGUAAAACUGUUCCUAUGUUGGAAGCAAAUUCUGAAUGCUACAUUUUUGCUAACAUAUCACACUUUCCUAACAGCGUACAAAAGUUUUAAGAACAGUCGGAUUUUGAGGGGUUUUUUGGGGGGUACUUGAAACGGUUUUCGUGAAAGGGAUUUAAGAUUUUUAUGGAGUGAUAUGCCCCCUGUUUUUUGCAGCUUGCUGUAUAAUGAAGGAAAGGUAUAGACUUCACAUUUUUUAUCAAGACAUACGGAAUUUUUUUUUUUUUAGCAUGAGGCGGCGUAUAUGUAGGGAUAAAGAGUAGUGAAGAUUUCUGUAAAUCGACCUGUUGUUCAGUGCUUGAAUCUGUGUGGACCAAUUAAACACUUUGGUCUUUCCCAUCCCAAAUUUUUCUCUGAAUAUGAUAGGUUCAAAAAACAAAAAGCUUUUUGGAUUUUCAAUGACUAUUUUCCGUUACUCAUUUGUUACAGAAAACACUUUCAGUUAGUGUACUUUGGGUGUAGAAAGACAAAUUCACUUUGUACGUAAGGAGACAGAAUCAUCCGGCAAAAGGAGGCAUAAGCAACACCACACGAAAUUAUUCAAUGUCAGUGCAAAUCAUACAUAACCCAGAA